AGAGAUGAAGCACUGUGCCCUGUGACUUUAUUUUUGCUGUUUUCACCACUGGAGGAUGGCUGCCAGACACUGUGAAAAUAGUUCUGGUCAGCACCACUGCACCCACGCCAGCCAACCUCUUGAAAUCAGCUACAUGCUGGUCCUGAUUAUGCUUGGAAAAGUCUUCCUUGAUUUCUUCAUGUUGCAAAUUAAGCCAAGACCUGUGAAAGUCAGUUUUAUGGGAUGCUUCUGCGUUUCAGUGGCGCUCCUUGAUUUCACACUGCUGCUGAGCAUGUGUUUCAUUUUCUGUUUUGAGGACUUUGCGCUCUGGGGCGUGCGAUUCACAGAGUACCACAUCUGCCUCUUCACUCAGAUCUCUUCUCUGACCUACGGCAUUUUGCCUUACCCCGUGUACCUCGUGGCUGCUCUGGAUUAUUACACCACCGUCUCCCAAACAUCCCAGCUCCCUACAACAGCUCGGAAGUUACUUUAUGGAUUUGCUGUGGUGGUUAUAUGGAUUUCUGGGUUUUUUUGCACUCUCCAAGUUCCUGCUGUCUCUGAAGAGCUGGAGAUGCAGAACAGAGUUUCCCCUUCCCAGUGCCCUCUCUCUGGCAGCUGGCAGAGCUCCUCGGUGUCGUGGGCCAUGGUGCUGCUGCUGGGCACGGCUCUCGUGGCUUGCUGGAGGGAGGUGACAACCAUGCUGCUGUCUGCCAGGCUCCUCUCCUUUUCCAGCCAGCCUGCGCUGAUGUUCCCCUACGUGCCUAACAACAACAACACUUGCUUCAGGUGGCAGCUCCUGAGCAGGCUCCUCCUGUGUUUCCUUGGCACUUGGGCACCGUUUGUUGUUCUCCAGGUGGUGGUUCUGCUCCUGGGAGUGCAGAUCCCAGCCUACGUGGAGAUGAACGUGCCCUGGCUGUGCUUCAUCAACAGCUUUCUCCUGGCAGCAGCCUACUGGUGCCGGUGCCACGACGUGGAGCUGACAGAGGAAGGGUGGUGCACAGACCCCUUUGUCAGCUGGAAAUUCUGCUUUAUGCCGUUCAACAAUGAAAGCACAAAGCCAGCUGAUAAGCCAGGCACAGUAAUUGUCAUCUGUUAAUGAGCUGCGACUGAAAAGGCUGCAAAGAAGCAGAACUUUGAUGUUGGGUGGCCGGGUCCUUACAGGACCCAAGGAAACAUCUCCAGAGCUUCACUCCAUAGAAACAAGUUCAGUGCCCAGCAAUACUGCAGUGAAUAUUGCACUGCAAGCACUGCCAGGCCAGGAAAUUCAACUUGAAAUUACAUGUU